GCGCCCGGGGCGCACCGCGAGCAGACAGCCGCGCCGCGCGCUCGUGAUGCUGUCGCUGUGCCCCGCGCUCCGCCGCGCCCUGCAGGCCCGCCCCUGGAGGGGACCCGGGCUGCGCUGGAAGCAUGCCCCCUCCCUGAAGGUGGCCAACGAGCCCGUCCUGGCCUUCACGCAGGGCAGCCCCGAGCGAGAUGCGCUGCAGAAGGCCUUGAAGCACCUGAAGGGCCAGACGGAAGCCAUCCCGUGUGUGGUGGGGGACGAAGAGGUGUGGACCUCGGACGUGCAGUACCAGGUGUCGCCCUUCAACCAUGGACACAAGGUGGCCAAGUUCUGCUAUGCAGACACGGCCCUACUCAACAGAGCCAUCGAGGCCGCUUUGGCUGCCAGGAAAGAGUGGGACCUGAAGCCUGUUGCAGACCGGGCCCAGAUCUUCCUGAAGGCGGCAGAUAUGCUGAGCGGGCCUCGCAGGGCUGAGGUCCUUGCCAAGACCAUGGUGGGACAGGGUAAGACGGUGAUCCAGGCAGAGAUCGAUGCGGCGGCCGAGCUCAUCGACUUCUUCCGCUUCAAUGCCAAGUUUGCCGUGGAGCUAGAGGGUCAGCAGCCCCUCAGCGUGCCGCCCAGCACCAACAGCGUCGUGUACCGCGGGCUGGAGGGCUUCGUGGCGGCCAUCUCUCCCUUUAACUUCACUGCGAUCGGCGGCAACCUGGCGGGGGCGCCAGCCCUGAUGGUGAGAUAUCUCCACUUGGAGGAGGAGGAAGCCGCCUCAGAGGAGUUCGGGGGGCCUGGCCUGGGGCCCCCCGGAGCGGGGCAAAGCUGGGAUCCAAACCAGUCUCUGGCCCCAAAGCCUUCCCACGGGCCCCCGCUGCCUCUGCCUUCUGGGCAUCUCGCCGUGACCAGGGCUGGGCCUCUUUCAUCCGCUGAGACGGGAAGGGGAGCCGGCAAGCCCAUGAUGCCCGCUGCCCACAUCUCACCAUCAGGGCUGGCGCCCCUGCCAGGUUGCCGCCGAUCGCACUCCACGGCAAACUUGGCAUUGAAGCGGAAGAAGUCGAUGAGCUCGGCCGCCGCAUCGAUCUCUGCCUGGAUCACCGUCUUACCCUGUGUGCGGGAGGGCCAGUGGUCAGCGCGGCAGACGUGUACCCAUGGCGAUGGCAUGCCUGAGCGCUGGCGACCCCGCACCCCCAAGGAGAGAUGCACCUUCAAGCACCUGUGGAAGCAGGUGGCCCAGAACCUGGACCAGUUCCGCACCUUCCCACGCCUGGCGGGAGAGUGUGGUGGGAAGAACUUCCACUUCGUGCACUGCUCGGCCGAUGUGGACAGCGUGGUGAGCGGGACCCUGCGCUCGGCCUUCGAGUACGGCGGCCAGAAGUGCUCGGCCUGCUCCCGCCUCUAUGUGCCUCAGUCGCUGUGGCCGCAGAUCAAAGGGCGGCUGCUGGAGGAGCACGGCAGGAUCAAAGUGGGCAACCCAGCAGAGGAUUUUGGGACCUUCUUCUCUGCAGUGAUCGAUGCCAAGUCCUUCGGCCGCAUCAAGAAGUGGCUGGAGCACGCGCGCUCCUCACCCAGCCUCACCAUCCUGGCCGGGGGCAAGUGCGACGACUCCGUGGGCUACUUCGUGGAGCCCUGCAUCGUCCAGAGCAAGGACCCCCAGGAGCCCAUCAUGAAGGAGGAGAUCUUCGGGCCUGUGCUGACUGUGUAUGUCUACCCGGACGACAAGUACAAGGAGACACUGCAGCUGGUGGACAGCACUACCAGCUACGGCCUCACGGGGGCAGUGUUUGCCCAGGAUAAGGAUGUUGUCCAGGAGGCCACAACGAUGCUGAGGAAUGCUGCCGGCAAUUUCUACAUCAACGACAAGUCCACAGGCUCGGUGGUGGGCCAGCAGCCCUUUGGAGGGUCCCGAGCCUCUGGUGAGUCGGUCUCCCUUUCCGAGGAGGAGGCAAGUUCCUGGUGGGUGGCCUUGAUCCCCUCAUCUCAAGGGUGUUAAGUGUCAUAGGAAAACAUUGUGGGCCAGAUGCUGGGCUGUCUUCUUCCCAUUUUAUAGAGGAGUAAACUGAGGCACAGGGAGGGGAGGUGACUUGUUCUAGGGCACGUGGCCGGGUGGGUUCUAGCACCCACACCUUUUACCACCAUGUUCUGGUCACUUUGGUGUCGUCCCUCGUGUUUACGGUUGGGGAAACUGAGACUCAGAGCAGGUGGUGACUUGCCCUAGGUCCCAGCCGCCUUGUGGCAGAGCCAAGGCCAGAGCCCGGGGCUCCUGGCUCCCAGUGCAGUGCUCUCUCCACAGUGCUCCCAGACACUCCUCACAGGUGGGGACACAGACCCCGGGA